UCAACGGUCUCAACCGCGGCGCUCGCGCUUCCUCCUUUAAAAAAAGAAAAGAAAAAAAACAGAAAAGCUGCAGAAAUCACAAGAAAACUGCAGUGCCCCCGAUUCAUCGAACUCUAAAGGCCGGAGCAGAGCCGACGAUGGCGAACACGACAUGUUUGAAGCCGAUGAAGGCGACAUCGAACGGGUCGUUCCAAGGCGAGAAUCCGCUCGAUUUCGCGCUGCCUCUAGCCAUCGUACAGAUCUGCCUCAUCGUCUUCCUGACACGAACCCUAGGUUUUCUCCUCCGCCCUCUCCGCCAGCCCCGCGUCAUCGCCGAAGUCAUUGGCGGCAUUCUGUUAGGUCCGUCGGCAUUGGGCCGCAGCAAGGCGUUUCUAGAGACCGUUUUUCCCAAGCAGAGCAUGACUGUGCUUGACACUCUCGCUAACAUCGGCUUGCUCUUCUUCCUCUUCCUGGUGGGUCUUGAGCUUGAUCUCAACUCCCUCCGCCGCACCGGCAAGCGUGCCCUGGCCAUCGCCAUCGCCGGCAUUUCCCUCCCUUUCCUCCUUGGCAUCGGCACCUCUUUGGUCCUCCGCAAGACCAUAGCCGAAGGAGUUCGCCGCACUCCUUUCCUCAUUUUCAUGGGCGUCGCCCUCUCCAUCACCGCCUUCCCCGUGCUUGCUCGUAUCCUCGCCGAGCUAAAGCUCCUCACGACCGAUAUAGGCCGCAUGGCCAUGUCUGCCGCUGCCGUCAACGACGUCGCCGCAUGGAUCCUCCUCGCACUAGCCAUCGCCCUCUCAGGCUCCGGCUCUCCGCUUGUCUCUCUCUGGGUACUCCUCGCCGGCGUUGCCUUUGUCGCAAUAGUUGCCCUGGCCCUUCGCCCUGUUCUCGCGCGGAUGGCUCAUCACUCUGUAGAGGGCGAGCCGGUUAAGGAAAUCUAUAUCUGCGCCAUGCUCACAACCGUUCUGGCCGCCGGGUUCAUUACCGACGCCAUUGGCAUCCACGCCCUCUUCGGCGCCUUUGUGGUCGGUAUUGUCGUUCCCAAGGAAGGUCCUUUCGCAGGCGUUCUCAUCGAGAAAGUUGAAGACCUCAUCUCCGGUCUCUUUCUGCCGCUUUACUUUGUCUCCAGCGGCCUCAAAACUAACGUCGCCACCAUCAGCGGCGGCAUCUCAUGGGCUCUGCUCUUCUUAGUUAUCUUCAACGCCUGCCUCGGCAAGAUCGGGGGCACCAUUCUCGCCUCCCUCGUUAUGAAAAUCCCCCAUCGGGAGGCCCUCGCGCUAGGGUUCCUCAUGAACACUAAAGGCCUCGUUGAACUCAUCGUUCUCAAUAUCGGAAAAGAUCGAAAGGUGUUAAACGAAGAGACCUUCGCGAUCAUGGUGUUGAUGGCGCUGUUCACGACCUUCAUAACGACGCCGAUUGUGAUGGGGAUUUACAAGCCGGCGCGGCGGGCGGCUCCGUACAAACUGAGGAAGAUCGAGAGUGCGGGCAUGGAUAGCGAGUUGCGGAUCCUUGCGUGCUUCCACGGCAGUCGCAACAUCCCCACCCUCAUAAACCUGAUCGAAUCUUCUCGUGGAACUGGCCGCCGCGGUUUAACUGUCUACGCCAUGCAUCUCAUGGAGCUCUCCGAACGCCCAUCCGCCAUUUAUAUGGUCCACAAGGCCCGUCGCAACGGCGUCCCUUUCUGGAACAACAAGAAAGAUAACAUCGACGCCAAUGACAGCGGCAGAGAUCAGAUCGUCGUCGCGUUCCAGGCCUACCAGCAGCUUAGCCACGUCACCAUCCGGCCCAUGACUGCCAUUUCAGACCUGCUCACCAUUCACGAGGACGUGGUCACCAGCGCCCAUCAGAAGCGCGUUACCCUAAUCCUGCUCCCCUUCCACAAGAUCCAGCAGGUGGACGGCUCGAUGGUAUCAAUUGGCAAUGAAUACCGGCAAUUGAACCAGCGAGUCCUCCACCACGCCCCCUGCUCCGUCGCCAUCCUGAUUGAUCGUGGCUUCGGGGGCUCCGCCCAGGUAUCCGCCAGCGAUGUUUCCUACUCCGUCAUCGUUCUUUUCUUCGGCGGAUCAGACGAUCGGGAAGCCCUAGCCUAUGGCCUCCGAAUGGCCGAGCAUCCCGGGAUUGCCCUCACCGUCCUCUGCUUCCUCCCUCCACCUGGCUGCCCCUCUUUCCCAAGCAGCGAAGCCGGGGGAAUCGGCAUUGGGAUGGACGGAGAUCAGCGAUCCAAUGACGAUGAAUGCAUAACCCGACUGCAGAAGAGGGUGGCGGAGAAGACCGACGGAUCGAUCAGGCUUGAGGAGAGGAUAGCGGGAAAAAGGGAGGAAAUCGUGUCAGCCAUUAAGGAGGUAAGAAGAUGCGACCUCUUCCUUGUGGGUCAGAGGACGCCUGUGAUGCCCCUCACCGACCGGAUCGACUGCCCGGAGCUUGGGCCGGUGGGAAGUUACAUGGGAGCAUCAAACUCAACCACCGCAUCCGUGCUGGUCAUCAGGCAGCACGAUCCCUCUUCGAUAGCAACUGGGAUUGUAGAAGAGGUGGCAGAAGAAGGCGAGUCGCCGGAUACCCCCGCCGCCGGUGCUUCUUCUAAAAGCCAACUUAAUCCGCUUUGAGAAGACGAUCGAUCAUGAGACACGUGUCAUUUCUGUCCCGGCACUAAUAAUUAUAUAAAAUUGUUUAUAUACAGUUAACAUGUUAUUUUCUUUAUUGUAUUGUUAUACAUUUCAUGUGUAAAGCUACGCUUGUUCAAGUUCAGUUGGAUAUAUGUUUUUGUUCUCCUUCGCUGGCGUGUUGAAGGUUUGCAAUUGGAUUAAAUAUUACAUCUGUAAUUUGUGUUUCGGAUUCAAA